UCGACAACCACGUCGGUGAGAAUGGUGAUGCCGGAUUCAAACGUGAAGCCACUAACCCUAGAUGAUAAGCAGGUCUUGGGUUUGGUUUACGAUUGCUAUGUCGUGAACAAACCUGGCGAAACCUUUGACCCAGAGGCUCUUUUCAGUGUUGUGUCGGACAUUCUUGUUCGUUCAUUUCGUACUUCUGAUCCCAGCACAAAGCAUGAUCCGCUGGAGAAGCUGGACAAGACUUAUCUUGCCAAUCUGGAGCCACCGAUAGAUCUACUCAAGCGUUUUGCUUGUCAGAUGAGGGGGACACAGAGGCAUGAGUACCACACAAACGCCCAUGAAACAACAAUGUCAAUACUAAAAACUCUGGACUCAUACUCAUGGUGUGCAAAAGCAGUGACAGCACUGGCAGCUUUUGCUUUAGAUUAUGGCAUUUUCUGGCAUCUAUAUGAACAGUGGCUUCAAAGACAAGAUAGCAGCCUCGGAAACUCAUUGGCUGUGUUGAGCAAUGUUCAUGCCAUAAGCAAAAAUAGGGACAUCUACGACUACAACGUUGUGGUGAAGAAUGUGCUCAUAACCGUUGGACAUAUGGUUAGGUUGGAGAGUAUAAUGAAGACUUAUGACGGCAAGAACAUUCCAACUUUGGAGAAAGCCAUGCAUGAAUUCCCUGCUUUGGUUUACUGGACUGUCCUCACCGUUGUUAUUUUGGCUUCUCACAUGGAUAUUCUCUCUGGCCAUCCGCUGGGCAGGUAUAAAUUAUCCGAUAUUGGCAGCAAGAUCUCCACCAUUGACAUGAGGCUCAAGGAUUAUCUAAUCCAGAUAGACCGUGAGAAAGCCUACAUAGAUGAUUAUCGAUACCGCGAUAGGAUAGCGUUUCAAACUCCCACAGAAAUCGUACAGGUCUUGAAGUGCCUGCUUUUCCGUAGAGAUGUGAAUGACCCACAUGUCUAUGACGGCUCCACUGGAGAUAUGGUGAGCAUAGAAGUUUUCAGGACGAAGCAUGUUGUGCUGUUUCUUUCUGGGCUGGACAGUAUAGAUGAUGAGACAUAUCUUCUGAGGAAAAUCCAUGAGGGACUGGAACAGAGUGAUCCAAGAAUUGUAAACGGAUUCAGAAAAGAUGAGUUCAAGAUUCUGUGGGCCCCCAUUGUUGAUGAAGAAGAAUUAGAAGGAGACAACUUCAUCUCAGGCAGCAGCAACAAGAGACAGUUCGAAGAGAUGAGGAGGAAGAUGAAGUGGUACGUGGUGGACUACACGAUUAUUCCUGCAAUAUGCAAGAGGCUGAUCAGAGACAGAUUGAAGUAUCAGAAUAAUAAUCCUAUAGUGCCUGUGUUUAAUCCUCAAGGUAGGCUCACAAACGACAAUGCGUUGCACAUGUUGUUCACUUGGGAACUCCAAGCUUUCCCAUGGCGCAAAGGUGAUGAUUUGCCUCAUGUUCAGAAAUGGAACUGGAUUUGGACUGAGUUGAAGAAAACCAUUCCUCAAAUCAAUAGUUGGAUCAAUGAUGACGAUUACAUCAUUAUCUAUGGACGCACCGAAACUGACUGGUACGAUGAUCAGUGGUUGAACAAGAUGCCAGAAGCACUGGAGAGAAUUAAAAAAGAUCACGAGAAUAUCAGGAGAUUCGAUAUUUGCAUAAAUUAUUCUCACCAUGGAAAAGGGCACAAGGAACGUUACACUGUUGCUAGGUUCUGGUCUUAUGUAGAGAGCACAUUUGACAGCAUGAGGAGGAUGAAGGCGGAGGAUAUCGACGAGGACACAUUCCGGCAGGUUAAGUCCUUCCUCGGCCUCCGACAAGAACAUUCCGGCUGGGUUCUUCUGAGCAAAGGCCCAAACGUUAAACUGCUUGGUCGGGGCGAUUGUUUCUACCAGACACUGGAUGAUUUUGAUUUAUGGAAACACAACAUCGAGCAGGAUUCUGGGUUCGACGUGUCUCUUAGAAAUUACUAUGAAUCUGUGAAGUCAGAGUUGCCACAUCACGCUGCUCAUUGUCGUCAGAUGGUGCUGAAGAAUUAUCUGAGUAAUAUAUAUGAUCCUGUUCAUUGCCCAGAUUGUGGGCUUAAAAUGAAGUUACAAUCAGCAGAAUACACUUGCUGCCAUGGAGACAAAGAUGAAGUUAUUAAUGAUGCUGAUGCUAGUGGUGGCAAUGUUGAGAUUAUGAGGUAGGGUUUGAUGCAUGUUGAGAAAGAGGAAUAGAAAGAGAUUUGUGAAUCUCAUUUUUGAAUUGGUCUGAAUCUUAUCAAAAUCAGUUGGGAAAAUAUUGAGUAUGGUACAAGCAAUUUAAUCACUAAAAGUUUUUAUAACAAGUAGAUAGCAUGCAAUGAUAAAUUCUGGUGCAGGAAACAGCAGCAACAAGUACAUGCUGUUUACUUAUUGUAAAACGUUUUAGUGAUUAGAUUGCUUAUAUUUCUCAUUUUAUAGGAUAGGCAGCUCUGAUGCACAGUAGACCUAGCAUGACGGAAAUGGGGUCCACCUUUCUCUUUCUAUCCCUCUCUCAUAUUUCACCCUUGAAAUUAUUGAUGAAGGCUUGUUUCAUUAUUAA